AUGGCAGAUCCCAAAUACGCCGAUUUACCCGGAAUUGCGUACGACCAACUCGAUGUUUAUGAGACGAGCGAUUUGCCGGAAUCGGAGCAAAUGCGAAUGUACUGUGAGGAUGAACCUGAUAGCUCAUGUGUGGAACAGCUGCACAUCAGUGCCAAAGAGGCGUUCAACAAGUUCAAGGGCAAGCAGAUUGUUGGAAAGCCACCCGAUUUCUCAGAUUGUCUGUCUAACAAACCAAGAACAGGUUACAAAUUUGGUGAUUGGGAACUUGUUGGUGAAGGUGAGAAGGAGACUCCUCUUCAAAAGUUUCAACGACUACAAUGUGAAGUUAAAGAGUUGUACGAAGAGGUGAAUGAAUUGAAGGAAAAAUCUAAGAACGAGGAAGAGGUCAAAUCUGCAAGCGAGAUCAUUUCUCAGGCACGGCAGAUAGAAAAACAAUUGGUUUCUCUGAAAUUAGAAGAAUGUCUAGGGCCUGAUGUGGUUGCAAGUCUGUCAGAUCCUCAAGGCACCAUACUUAAGCAAUUGGUAUCACAGAUAGAAUUGUUUAAGCAAACCAGUGUGCCUCCGUCAAAGUUACCAGAGAGUAAAAAGACAGAUGAGUCGAUUGAACCUGGUGUUCUCAAGUAUCAGAUGAUGUACUUGCCAGAAAAGGCAAGAAUGCAGGAAGCCGCUAGAACCGCACAGCUCGAACAAAGACUUUGCUGCCUAGAAAAUAUUGUGGGAACGAGCAACGACAAGCUUUCAAAGUUCUCGCAGAAUCUCAAAUGUCAAGGCAUAUUGGAAGCUGUGCAACAACUAGAAGCAAAAGCUUCGUUAUUAGACGUUAAUCAAUUAGAUACUAUCGAAACAAGAUUAGGCACUUUGAUCUACCGAAUGGAUAGCAUUGCACAGAAAAAAACGACAACAGAACAAGAAUCGGAACAGGACCAAAAGAUUUCGGAGAUGUAUGAAAUAAUGAAGAAGACUGAUACUAUAGCACAAAUAUUACCACAGACAGUAGAAAGAUUAUUGGCAUUGAGCGACAUUCAUCAACAAGCUGCUGCCUUCAGUAAAUCUUUAAUAAAAUUAGAAGAACUGCAAGUGGAAAUCUCGUCGGGAUUGGAAGGCAAUAAAUCUCUGCUGAAGGGAGUGCAAGAGAGUUUUGCCUCCAAUAUGGAAGUUAUAAAAGGCAACAUAGCACUGCUCGACGAGCGUAUAAAAAAACUCAACAAAUCGUUAAAGUAGAGGUACUAAAUCUAGUCUGGAGCACAGCUAGAUUCGACUGGAUAUGGAAAUCACUUUACUUGAAACAGUUAUAUUUCUAUCAUAUUAAAUUAUUGUUUAUUUAAUGUGAUGUAUAAAUUCUAUAUAUUUUGCUUUAUACUAUGUCUAUUCUUAAGCAUUCUGCUAAUUAUAUUUGAUUUCUACAUAUAAUUGUUGAAAUAACAAGAGCCUACCAAAGUCAGCUUAGAAACACAAUGCACAAACGCGAAAUAUAAAUCCAUAAUAAAAACAUGCAAAUUAAAAUGAAAACUGGAAUUUCAAUAAAAA